AUGGUCGAAGUACUCCGCGACAAAGAAUAUUUAGUCAAAGAAUAUCUGGAAACCCGUGGACUUUAUAGUCAUCAUAUCAAUUCUUUCAACAAAUUUAUUGACAGUGACUUGAAGAAAAUCGUACAGCAAAAUCAUGCCGUCCGAAGUGAUGCAGAUCCAAACUUCUAUUUACAUUUUAAAAACGUUACAAUUGGUCAUCCGCAGGUAUAAUCAAUUUCAAAUUGAUUAUAAUAUUAUUUAACAUAAUAUAUAUCUAUUCCAGUUACAAUACACAAUAGUAUGUGUUACGGUUACCUAUUUUAUUAACAGGACACUACAAAUGCAUUUAUUGUCUCUACUUUUCUAUAACAUGAUAAAACAAAUUUGCAUUCAGCAGCACCAAUUUUGUGUUUUAGUUACAAUAUUAAAGUAAUUUGACUCUGAAAUUUAUCUUAGUUUUAUUGUUUUUUCCACUAUUUUAAUUUUCAAACGAGAUUACAAUUUAAAAAUACUUAUAUUGCACCUUUGAAAGAAUAGUGACACAACUGCAAAAUUACGACUUUCGAAUUAUUACAACCAAAAUAUGCAAAAUUUUGUCCUGUAUAAUUUAUUAUCUCACUUAAAACUAUUAAAACUAAAAGUAAAAAAUUGAUUAUACUGAAUUCAAAUUUGCUUUGCCAUACAUUUUUAGACAGACAAAAAAUGCAUGCCAUUUGGUAUCCUCUUAUUGGUACUUACCUGUAAACAAUCUGUCCAUUUCCUAAAUAAUCUGAUAAUUAUUCUGCCAUCUUUGAAUAUCCUGUUGAAAAUAAAUCUCAGAGGAGAGGGGCAUAUGGUACUACAGGUUUAUUGAACACUGUGGCCCUGAGGAAAAACAGACAAAUUUCUGAAAAUAAAUGUUUCAUUAUUUUCCGUUUUUAUUUUUUCUACCAUAAAUUUUGUUACGAUAUUCAAGAGUAGCAUUUCUGAAAGAAAAUUUGGUCUAGUUAGUUGAUUUUUUUUGCUUAGUGCAACGUCAAGAAGAGUUUAAAAUGACUUUGAUAGUUUUGAGUAAAGCAUUAAUUUGGUACUUGUGAAUUACCUCGAUUACCAAAAUAUUUCUAAGACUACCUUGUAUAACUUGAAAACUUGAUAAUAUAUUGUUGAUAACCAUCAUUCUAUACUGGAUGGUCCAUGUUGAUAUACCCAUUGUAAUAUCUCCUGAGAUAAUAAAGAUAAUCAAAUUCUAAUUUGUUUAUAUUACUUGCAGGGAUAAAGACUUCAAAUAUUUAUAUUUGAAUUAAAUUUGUAUGUUUGAAUAAAAGAAUAAAAAAAAUAACUUUUAUUAUAUUAUUUUAGAAAUAAUAAAAAUGAGCCAAAAAAUGGCUAAUUUGAAGAUAACCAUUUUAUAGUUUAUACUUCUAAAAAUUUGUAUGUUUCAACUUUUUUAUUUUGAUUGAAUUUGCGAUUUUAAAUAAUUGUUUAAAUUUCAGAUAAGACUAUCUUUAAUGAUGCAGUAGGCUGUAAUCACAUUUUUUAUUUGACUAUUGUUAUUAUGGCCAAUUUAUUAAAAAAAAUUUCUUUGAACUUUAAAAAAAUAUGAAAAAUCACAAGUUUAAUAAUAAUACAAAUUUGAAAUCUCCAGUAUACACAUCAUUGAUACUUACACUAUGCGUUUACAAAAUUUCAUCUCCCCAACUUUAUUUAGAGGUUUUAUAGGUUUUUACAAAGCUAAAAAAAAAAACAUCCUUCCGCAACAAUAUGAUGAAAUAAAUCAAUAUUUAUCAUUUCAAUCCACUAAUAAAAAAUCUCUAAUUUCCUUGUUUAACCUCAUUUGGUCUAAAAAGAGCCACUAAAAGUGUCCAUAAGAUUUUUAUAUAUGUAUAUAUAUAUAUAUAUGAUUUUCUAAAUUUCAUAUUAUUGUCAAAAUUUCCAUAAAAUACUUAUUUUACAAAAAUGGCUUAUGUAAAAAGAUGUUGAAAUCAAAUUUUCUAAAAUAUUAUAUUAUAAUUAUUUUUGUUAUUGAAAUCAUUACUCACUUACUUUUGAUUUUCAAAUAAAAACCUUAAAAUUUCCAUAAAUAGAUGAAGUUUUAGUUUAAAUACAUUUACAUAUUAAAAUUAAGUGAUUUUUUUAAAAAAUAAGUAUUUUGUGAAAAAUUUGACUGUUAAGUAUAACAUGAAAUAAGGAAGACCCUUCAUAUAACAGAUACUAUACAGUGUAAUGAUCUCUAUUUUCAGAGAAAAUUUGACAAUAAUUAAAAAAUUGUCACUAAGUUAGAUAAUUCAAUUAAAAUCUAUUAUAAUUUUCAGGUGGAUGAUGGAUUUAAUGUUACGCGAAAUGUUACACCACAGGAAUGUCGUCUGCGAGAUCUCACAUAUUGUGCUCCAAUAUAUGUUGAUAUUGAAUAUGUUAAAAGUGGCAUGAAAUAUCUCCGAAAGGGAUUUAUUAUUGGCCGUUUGCCAAUAAUGUUGAGAAGUAAUCGUUGUUGUCUUUAUAAAAAGUCUGAUGCUGAGCUGGCAAGAAUGAAAGAAUGCAUUUAUGAUUCUGGUGGUUAUUUUAUUGUAAAAGGAACUGAGAAGGUAAUAUUAAUGCAGGAGCAGCCAGCAAAAAACAAAAUAUUGGUGGAAAAAGAUUCUAAUGGAGUGCCUACAGUUCAAGUAAUGAGUAGCACUGUUGAUAAAAAAUCCAAAACUAAUAUUAUUUUUAAGAAAAAUUUAAUGUACGUUUGUCAUAAUGCCCUUGAAGAAAAUAUACCAUUCGUUGUUUUUAUGAAAGCUCUUGGUGUCUGUUCAGAUCAAUUAAUAUUACAAAUGGUUGGCACAGAAUUUGCUAUUAUGAAUCAAAUGUACCCUUGUUUUUUAGAAUGUAGUAAAUUAAAAAUUUUUUCACAAAAUCAAGCUCUUAGGUAUAUUGGUGAUCGUAUUAAAAAAAUGGGACUGUCCUCUGAAGACUAUGAAAACAGGGUUAUUACUGAAGUGCAUGAUUUUUUAUCUACUAUAUUUUUAGCUCAUAUCCCAGUUACCAACACAAAUUAUCAUAUAAAAGCAAUAUACAUUUCAAUAAUGGUCAGAAGAUUAAUUUUUGCAUUAUCCAAUCCAGAAUUAUUUGAUAGUAAAGAUUAUUAUGGUAAUAAAUGUUUAGAUUUACCAGGGGCGUUUUUAUCAUUACUUUUUGAUGAUACCUUCAAACGUUUCAUCUUUGAACUUAAAUCUGUUGCUGAUAAGAAUAUACCAAAAGUGAAGGCUACGCCGUUUGAUAUAAUCAAGUAUAUCAGAUCUGAUACAAUUACAAACUCUUUAGUAUUUGCUAUACAAACUGGUAAUUGGUCUAUUAAACGUUUUCGUAUGGAAAGACACGGUGUCACACAGGUCUUGACCAGAUUAUCAUUCCUAUCAGCUAUUGGUAUGAUGACUAGAGUUAAUUCUCAGUUUGAAAAAAGUAGAAAAGUAUCUGGACCGCGUUCAUUGCAACCGUCACAAUUUGGAAUGUUGUGCCCUUCAGAUACUCCUGAAGGAGAAGCUUGUGGACUCAUAAAAAACAUUUCACUUCUGGCUCAUGUUACUACUGAAUCCGAAGAUGAUGAUGCCAUAAUACGGCUAGCUCUCAAUCUGGGAGUGGAACCAGUGGGUUUACAUUCAAUAGAAGAACUUCAUGAACAUUAUAUGUAUUUGAUAAUAUUUAAUGGUAAUAUUAUUGGUUCCACUAGAAAAUGUAUUGAUUUUGUUGAAAAAUUUAGAUUGUGUAGACGUAAAGGUAUGUUUAGUAAAUUUAUUUCCAUUUAUAUAUCAGAAAGACACAAAUGUAUUUAUAUUAACUCUGGUGAUGGUAGAUUGUGUAGACCAUAUAUAGUUGUAGAAAACGGUCAACCAUUACUCACUAAUGUCCAUAUUGACAAAUUAAAAAAAGGUUAUUGUACAUUCCAAGAUUUUAUUGACAAAUCUAUUAUUGAAUUUAUCGAUGUUGAUGAAGAAAAUAAUAGCUUAAUUGCGUAUUGUGAAGAAAAGAUAGUGCCUGAAACGACUCACCUAGAGAUAGCACCUUUCAGCAUAUUAGGUAUAUGUGCCAGUGUUAUACCUUUCCCUCAUCAUAACCAAUCACCUCGUAACACAUACCAAUGUGCUAUGGGUAAACAAGCCAUUGGUACUAUAGCCUUAAAUUAUUUACACAGAAUGGAUACGCUUCAAUACAAUUUGUGGUAUACACACAUACCAAUGGUUCAUUCAAAAGCAGUGCCAAUGAUCAAUUUUGAUAAAUUACCUGCUGGUCAAAAUGCCACUAUUGCUGUUAUGAGUUAUUCGGGUUACGAUAUAGAGGACGCUAUUAUCUUGAAUAAAGCUAGCGUUGAUAGAGGUUUUGGCAGAGGUGGAACGUUCAAAAAUUCAAAAUGUUUCUUGAGACAUUAUCCAAAUCAAACAAUGGACUCAAUACAAGGUCCUAUUAUAGAUAAUGCAACAAAAAAACCAAUUUACAAACACAGGGCACUAGACAAUGAUGGUAUAGCAGCCAUUGGCCAGCCAAUCUUUGAUAAACAAGUUACGAUUAAUAAAGCGACACCAAAAACAAUAACUGUGGAAGAUGCAAGUGGUGAUAGAGGCUUCAAAGAGACACCAAUGUAUUAUAAAGGAUAUGAUCCAUCAUAUAUUGACAAAGUAAUGAUAACAUCAAACAGUGAUAAUUUUUUAAUUAAGGAAAACUUUAGACAACCGAGACGACCAGAAAUCGGUGAUAAGUUUAGUAGUAGACACGGUCAAAAAGGAGUUGUUGGGUUGAUUGUAAACCAAGAGGAUAUGCCUUUCAAUGAAGUAGGAAUAUGUCCUGAUUUAAUUAUGAACCCUCAUGGUUUUCCGUCGCGUAUGACAGUGGGUAAACUCAUUGAACUUUUGGCUGGAAAAGCUGGAUUAUUAGAAGGCAAGUUCCAGGACGGCAGUGCUUUUGGUGGAGCAACAGUUACUGAUAUUAGCAACGAAUUACAAAAACACAAUUAUAAUUAUUUGGGGAAAGAUGUAUUGUACUGUGGCAUUGAUGGUAGGCCAAUGGAAGCGUACAUUUACUCUGGUCCAGUUUUCUAUCAACGUCUAAAACAUAUGGUUGCUGACAAAAUACACGCCCGAUCAAGAGGACCAAGAGUACUUUUGACUAGGCAACCAACAGAAGGUAGGGCUAAAGAUGGUGGACUUCGUAUGGGAGAAAUGGAAAGAGAUUGUUUAAUCGCAUAUGGUGCUAGUAUGUUGAUUAUUGAAAGAUUGAUGUUGAGCAGUGAUGUAGUAGAAAUGGAUGUAUGUAAAUUAUGUGGUUUAUUUUCAUAUUCUGGUUGGUGCCACAUGUGUCAAAAAAGUAAUUCGGUGUGUCGUAUAAAAAUGCCUUAUGCAUGUAAAUUGCUAUUUCAAGAACUACAGGCAAUGAGUAUAGUACCUAAGAUAGCAUUAAAGAAAUAUUGUGACUGAAUUAUAUAUAAAUGAAAUUGUUAAGUUUAUAUUAUAUAUGUUAACUGUUUUAAACAAUUAUUAAAUUAUUAUCAAGUGUUUGUGUUUCAAAAUUAAGACCAUUAAUUGAUAAAGGUAUUUGUAAUAUGUACCUAAUAAUUUUUAUUUUAACUAUAUUACGCUUUUCAUCAAAGAAAUACUACAACUGAAAAUACAUUUAACAAAAAUAAAAUUUAUUUUUAUACUUAUUUUUAUUAUUUAAUCAUUGAGGGUAAUAUAAAGCUAUUAUUUUCAAUUUUAGGUAUUUUUUAGAGUCUUUAUUGAAUAUUAAAAUGUAGUAUACAAAUUUAACUAUACGCAUGAACAAUAAUUAAUAACUAAUGAGUAAUGACAGCUUAAAGAUGGAUGCAGAAAUAGUUUUACGAAAAUGGUAUUAUUUUUAUAGGUACUUUUAUAGGAAGUUUUCUUCUCACAGCCACUUAUGUAUUCCAAGUACAUAUUAACAAAAAUAGUUUGUAAACAUAAUUUCCUGUUGUACAAUGCAUAUUGUGAAUGGUUUGCUUUAGGUAUGUAGCGAUAAAACAGGGUUUUAGAGGCAACGUGUUUACCAUGUAUGUUACGAUAGAAACGGUGAUGCAGCAAACCUUUAGAUUAAGAGGCUUUUUCUUCAUAAUAAUAUAUAUGUAAUACAAUAAUAAAAAGUAAUAUUUCAACUUUUCAUAUACCUACAAAUGUUAUUAUAUUAUAAAUCACAUAAACUAUUCUCUGAUUUUGUCAUAUAAAUUGUAUGUUAUUUUAAAUACUAUGUACUCAGGCCACACAUUUUUAAAUAUAACUACACAACAACAUGACUUAAAUUAGAUUACAAAUAUAAGUAGGUGGGUAGUUAAAAUAUUAUUUUAUUUGUUUAUUUUUUUUUAAUUUUAUUAAGAUUACAAAAAUAGUUGGUUGCAAAUUUAAAACGUAAUCUACUGAAUAUUUUUGUCGAAUACAAUUAAAAUAAAAAUAAAUUAAAUUGGAGAAUGUAACGAAACCCCAUGCAAGUAUCAAACUCUAGCUUUUUGUUCAACGUAAAUAUUACUUUUUUCAUGUAAAAUAAAAAUCUUGUGAGUCAGUUGAAAAUGAUAAAUCAUAAUUACCUUAUUUACCUACAUUUAAUUUCUUUUUAUAUAGAAUCUACAUAUUUAUUAAUUAUUCAUAUUUUGGUGAAUUUUGUAACUACUAUAAAACAUAUUUAAAUAAUUAUAAUUUAUCUAUCAUAGCAAAUUGAAAGUCUUUAUAAUAUUUUCAAAAUUGUUAUCAAACAUUAUAAGUUAAUUUUUGACAAUUUUGUUAAAAUAUAUAAAUAAGUUCAACUAGAUUUUCUGGCGUUAACUAGACAGCGUAAAAUUAGAAAUUUUUUAGCCUCUUAGUGAAAAUAAUUACCAACAAAUAUGAAAGUUAUCCAACAAUGUCCAAAACAGAAGCAACACAUUAGUUUUAUGUGUAGGAUUGAUAUCUACGAAUUGUGUGCUAUAAAGUUCACAACUUGUGAAUUACAGGCUGUACAUUCUCACCGACUAUUUUUUUAAAACGUCAUUUUUAGCCUGCCAAAAAUAAAAUAUAAACGCCGAAAUACCUAAGUGUUUUAUAAUAUCAUAUAUUGUGUUAGUAUUUAAAAUCACUAUAGAAAAUGGUCCAAUAUCAUUGGUAGAGAAUGCAAAAAAUAAGACUGAAGGUUAAGGUGCCCAAUGACCAUAAUUGUGGCCUGAUAAUAAUUUGUAAUGACUUGCACAAAUUUUAGCACCAACAAUAAAAAAAAUUGGAAUGGAAUUGAAAACAAAUUCCUCUUGUAGACUGUAUCUUAUUUAAUGUAAUAUUAAAAUCAGAAGUUGGUAAAUCCAAAUGGUUUUAAUUAUUUGUAUUUUACGAUAAAACGUAGUGCCUAGUUCAUAAUAUUUCUCAUAGGCUAUACGACCAUUAUAUUACUAUAAUAAUAUUGUAAAUAAAAGGGGACAAUAAUAAAAAUGUGAUUUUCCGUCAGUUUAUCACAAAUAUUAUACUUAUGUUAUCAUAAUUAAUUUUGGUAUCGGUAUUUUACUUAGAUAUUGUCGAAUUGAUUUCGAUCAAAAUAUAAUAACUAUGCCUUCAUCAAAGUACAACAAAAUAAAAAUCGAUAUAUUGAAAAUAUUAUUACAUGUUAGCACUACGGUGUUUUAAAAUCGAAAAAUGUUGGCCAAGACUAAUAAUUCUCUUAUUUUUAUUAUACUAAGGGAAAUGUAGCGACUAAACGUCAAUUAAAUAUCAAUAAAUAUUUAUAACCAAUGGUAUUAUUUAAUUGUGUUAUUAAAUUAUUAAACUCUGAUUAUCAUAGCUGAUAGUACCUCUAAUCUCUAGAACGAUGCACGUAUAAGCAUUAUAUAGAUUAUUUUCGCCGUUGAACACCAUGCAAUGAGUUAAUAAUUUAAUAUACCUAUGGAAGAACCCAAAUUUAUCAUAAUAGAAUCAUUAUAAUUAUUAGUAUAAUUUUCAUAUUAUAUAUAAUGUUGACAAAACAUCACUAUCAACUGAACUCCGCUCAGAAUCGUUUUUUCGUAAGCAAUGGUUUAUCGUAGAUUUACAUUAAAUUAUUUAUAACAGUGGCUGACCCGUCCUUAUUAUCCUAGGACGUCUUUUUUUUUUUAUACUGUGACAAAAAUUCCUAUCUUGAUAUGUAAGUACCUGUACAUGUAUACAUAUGUUUCGAUAUGUAAGUCUGACAUCUUUUUUGAAAGGAAAUUUUGUCUAGAUAGUACUUUAAACUUGUAAUUUUUCAAUUUUCCAAGCGGAUUUUAUAAUAUCUGGAAAACUCGGGAUAAAACGUAAGAAAAACUGGAAAAUUUACGAAAAUAAUGCUUUUACUAUUUUAAAAUUUUUUUUAAUAUAAUUCAGUUUAAAUUUUCGUAGUGACUUGAAAUUUUUACAGAAAACUUAUAUUUGCCUUUUUUAGACAUGGUCAAAUUUUCAAAACAUUUGAAAAUAUUUAUAGGCAUUUUGGUUUUGCGAAUUUUGUACGUAAUUUUUAUUCGGUAGGUAUUUUAUGGAUACAAUUGUUAGAAAAAACAGAAAUACUUGAAAAUUUAACAGAAAGUUCAUUAAAAGUCAAUUGUGGUAAAAAAAAAAAAGGUGAAUAAUGUAAUAUUUUUUUUUUAUGAAGGAAUUUGAAUUACAAAUUUUCACUAAAAUCAUUUGAGUAAAAAUUUAUGUGGAACAAAAUCUAGUUACUGGACCGUGUAAAUUUUUCAAUUUCUUGUUUUGAACACAUGUAUAUUGCCGAUUUAAUAACGAUGGUGAAUUCAGAAUAAAUCUUUACUGAUUUAGUUUCAAAAUUAUAGCUUUUUGAAAUUCUGAUAUUAUACGGGUUAUGUUAAAUAAUUCAAUGUUAUCAAUUUUAUAAUUUAUCUAUUUUUGAAUGUACUUGUUGUAAUCCCAGAGAUCGCAAGUUAAAACCAGAGUUUCAAAAAAUUAUUUUGCACAAACACAUCGGUAGCUACGUAAUAGGAGGAAAAAAUACAUUUUGGAUGCACCUAAAGACCCAAGCCGUAGUAAUAUUACAUAGGUAUUACAUAUUGUUGAAAAAGCAAUACUAUCUGAGCUCUGCUCAGAAUCGUUAACAAUUCGUUAACAAUGAUUAAUCUUGGCAUAUAGAUAUACAUUAAAAUCCGCUCAAUAUCCUACCUUCCUAACUUCUCAUCUACAAGUGGUCCAUCCAUCAUGCGAAGUAUGGCCAUCUUUGUUUAGUUUUAAUAUUAAUUUAAUUUGAUUAAUUUAAUGUCAACUAUAUCAUAGUUUACUAAUAUUAAAAUUGUCUAGAAUAGAAACAUAAAAUAUAUUAUUUGACAAUAUAUUAUCAAAACGUAUUUAGAAAUUAAAUAACAUUUUAAUAGGUACUGUAUUAUACAAUAAAUAAAAAUAGACAAUUUAGAAAUUAAUAAAUUAUGUUGUGAUUUUUGUUUUUUUUUAAUUUUGAAAAAUGUACAUUAGAAUUAUAUGUAUUUAUUAUUUACUAUUUAGUUUUUAAAAUUAUGCAUAUUAUUAUUAAAGGUAGAAUAGCUAAGUACCUAGGUAACAUUUCUUUUCCACGCCACCGUGAAACGACAACACUCGACGGAACACAAGCAUCACCCACCUUUUUCUUUAUACCACAACCACAUCAGUAAUAUUGCUAUAAAAAAAUAGUGAUGGGCACUACUGAGUGAAGUUCGAUAGCUUUUACUAUUUACUCAGUAUAAAAGAAAAUAGUUGGUUGUUUUUGAAAACUAACAACUAUCAAAACUAUCACCUAUAACAACGAAACUAUCCACUAUCGAGUAGUUCAUUAUAUUGAUAAAUGAUAGUAUCUGUUUAGUCAAAAAAAUAUUCGGUUUUUUUUUUAAGCUACUAGGUUUAUACAGAUUGAUUUACCAAGCGAUCUACAACCUUUUUUUUUUUAAAUUUUGCAUUCAUUCUGAUUUUGAUUUUUGGAAUUUUUAAGUGUCGUUAAAUCCGAUAUUUUCAAAUACUUAGAUUUUUCACAUUUAAGGAGUAUCCUGUGGCGAUAGGUACACCAACUUUGGUUUUUCAAACGAGAACCUAUACUAACAAUUCCAUAGACAGAUGGAUCAUUAGUUUAAUUUUAAACGUUGAUGUUAAAAUUUUCCGUCAACCCGUUACCGAGAUAUUCGACUUUUAAGUUUAGGUAGGGGGUGUAGUGAGUAAUGGAGUAUAGGUAAUUUUUGUGGCGGUAUGUUAUUAGUGUUCCGCUAAUACACUUAACAACACUUAAAAAUACCAAGUCAGAAUUUGAAUACAAGUGAAAUUAAACCAAAUAAAAAGAGGGGUGAGCACACUUAGUGCAUCACUCUGUAUAUUACGUUCUCUAGUCAAAGCUAGUCGGUUCCGCCUAUUGCUAGUGAUGCCGGCGCUGCGAAUCCGCGAUAAUAUUUGUAAAAAUGAAACACUGCGUACGAUAACGGCCAAUCAAAUCGUCCAAUCUAAUCGUCGUGUGACUCUGAGCCCGACGCUCGGUCGUCAGACGAUCGAAUUUGUUUGUAUCUUGUUUUCGCUCCUCAAGAAAGCAUCAUUGCUGGAGUCAUUUUUUUUGCCAUCGUACUGCCGUGCGAACGACCCAUCACCGCCAUGGAAAACUGGUAAUAUAACGUCUCAUUAAUACCUUGGACAGUAUUGUUUCGUUCAUAAUUUAAUAUUUUAAAUUUAAAUUUAUUGUUGAUUUUUCUUUAUUAUGAUAUAACCAUAGAUUAUGUUUUAUUUUUCAUAAUACUAUGAUGCGCAUUAUUUCCUUGCCGGGCUAUAAAUUGUUGAAAAAUUACUUAGAAAAAAAAUUUGUUUCUUAAGUUUUAAAUAAUAAUAUAAUUUCUGUGAUAAUUCCAUUAAUUGAAAGAUACCUUAUAAUAUUGUUUUAAACACGGACCACAAUGUCCAUGAUAUUAAAUCGUAUACCUAGUUUACAAAAUAAUAAUAUAAUAUACAACAUUAAUGUAUAAAUUGUCGAUUUUUAUGUAAUAACCAUAUUUGUGAUACCAAAGACCGAGUGGAAGUUUAAUAAAGUUUAUAAGUAUUUUUAUAAAUUAAGAUAAUAGUUUCUUAAUAUUAUAAUUAGUCCCUAAUCGUUAUAUUGCUGUUUUUUCAUUUAAUUAUGAAUGAAAUACCUUUAGUAAUUAUUACUAACUAUACCAUAAAUUGUAGAUGGUUAAUUUAUUAUUGCACUAGGUAAAUAUGAUAGCUAAUUUGUCUAUAUUUUAAACCUAAUGUAUAUAUAAUGAAAAUAAAAAAAUGUUUUUUUUUUUUGUAUUCGAAUUUACGCGCAUUAAAAAAAAAAAAACCAAUUUAACAUUAGCUAGUUUGGGUUACAUAAAUGAUUAAGCGAGUGACUCUAAUUUGGGCGACCUGGCGAGAUUAACCCACGCUCGUCAUACGUUAUUUUUCUAUUUCUGCUGUUUUUAGUUUUUGAUAUUUUCAACUGUCGCGAUAAUUCUGAUACCGUCGUAUCGUCCCGCGUUCAAUUUCACGAUUAAAUUAAUGUCGCACACCACGUGCUCCCCUUAAACUUUUGCCUUUAUACCAUUUCAUUUUUAAAAUAUACACCUCUCGUGGUCAGCGGUGGUCGUUCGUUGGCCUCCUUUUGUCCACGUGAAGAAAACAAUUCGCCUGGCAGGGCCAAAACUCGCUGGACCAAACAAUGAAACAAAGCCUCUGGACCCGAGUCCCGAUCGCAAUUCGUAUCGUAUUCCCUGCGCGGGUUUUUCAAAAAAAAAAAAAAAAAUAUAGAUACAUUAUAAAUGACGAGCUUCACGUAAUGUCCGUACUAUAGUUCAUACUUAAUUAAGAUAAUCCGACCGCAAUUCGGAUUUUUUUUUCAUCUGUUUUAAUCCCGACCGCAAUUUUCGUCUAUCGCGACAGCAACUCGGAGGCGGUUUUCAUUUGGGCGAGCCUAUAUUAAUAUGUAUAGUGUUUGAAGUCUGAAAUAUUGGAUUUUCAAUAAUUAUUUCAACAUUGGAUCCCACGGUCUCACAAAUAUAAUAUAGCUUACCACCAGUUUAGGUAUUUAAUUAUCAAUAAAUCGUGUUCUUUUUUUUUUUUCAAGUCAAAAUUUAUAUAAUACAUUUCAUUUUUAAGUCAAUAAUUGCCAUUAAUUGACAUGCAUUAGAUUAUAAUAUGCAGUCAGAAUGUAAAAACCACUAACCUCACGGUCGAGACAAUAUAAUUAUAUGUAGUAAAUAUUAUACAAGUUGUUGUAUACUACAUAUUUGCUUACGACUAAUCUAAAUCGUACAACAUACAAAGAUAAAUUCGCCCAAACACUAUAUAUACCUGUAUUAUAUACGUCUAUAUUUGCGCCGGUACAAAAAAGGUAGAUGUACGUCAAUAAUUGCUCCUGAGCAUUUUUGACGUACCAAAAGCCAUAUAGGUAUAUAUGUACCAGUAAAAAAUAACCAUCAAAAUAAAUAUGCAUAUAUUUUAUUUAAAAUUGUAGUUUUACCCUCGUCUAUGUUGCAGUUUUUGUUUCUGCGCGUCGCCAUUUUCGUCAUUUUUCGGCAAGUCCUUUACAAGGAAAUCACUCGAUUUUGGUAAAUACUUUACCGUGUUAAUUUCCAUUAUAAAUAUGAGCACAAGUCUCGACGAUUGUACCUAUACAUUAUACAACCCUCGGAAUUAUAGUAAACAACACUACCGAUUAUAAUACACCAAACGGACAAUUUCGUUUAUCUUCAAAUAAUCAAUAAUAAAAUAAUAUUAUUGUAAAAGUAAUGGUUUUCCAAACGUACUUAAUAAGUACAACGACGUAUUUUAAUCAAUAUUGUUGUUGUAUGAAAUCGCCCAAUAAACUUAUUCUUGGAGGUAUUCGAUUAUUAAUCAUUAGAUAAAGUUGGGGAAUCCAAAACUUAAAAACAGAUUUGUUUAGCGAUCGACGCAAUUGACGCAUAACAAUAUUUAUUACGUUCGAAUAUCGAUCGGCGCAAUUGAUAUAUAUACCUUUUUUCUAUCCUUUAAGUUGUCUUAUUUUACCUGCGAUUUCCGGCGCAAUUGAUAUAAUAAUAUGCCCAGCGGGUGUUUCUGAUGAUUAUAAUACGAUUGAGAACUUUCGAAAUGGAAUAAUGGAAUAGUCUCUGCACCCCCCCCCCCCCAAAAAAAAAAAAAAAAAAAAAAAAAAAAAUAGUACUAUUGAGAACGAAAUUACGUGGAACGUUGCCGAAUUAUAUUCAAGUCAAAAUUUUUCAAAACUCGUGCAAAAUUUCCAAUAAAACGGUAUUUGUGGGAGGUCAUAACAAUCAAAUUUCCACCGUGUUCGUUUUUUGCACACACAACGCAUAAUAUGGGAAACCACGUACCGAGUAAUGCGUAUAUUUUGAUCAUUCGUUGCAAACAAUUCGUUAUCGUUGUAUUUUUACAGAUUAUCAUUAUUGAUGGAUUCGGUAAUUAUAUGCCUAUAUGCCCUCUCAAAGAACAAUCAUUAAACUCGAUUAUGAUACAAAUAUAUUAUAAUAUAUAUAUUUGAUUAUUAUUUGGUUGAAUUUUCAAAUUACCACAUAUUUGAAAACGAAUUAUAAAAACUGAGCAUUCUCAAUUUUAAUAAUAGUCGUCUUAAGGGUUUAAAAAUGGUAUCGCCGAUAAUGACCGUUCUCAAUUGUAUUUAUAUCUCGUCGGUUUCCGCCAAAAAUGACCUUUUCGGUUUUCGCCAAAACCUUUUACCGCCAGUUAUAAAUUAUAGAAUUUCAACGUUUAGGAAUAAUUUUUUUAGUAAUUAAGUGAUAUUAGGUAUUUACAUUUUUACACGGGUUUUUUUUCAAUAAUUUGCUACCAAUUAUUUUUGUGAACAUAGCUGUAGUUUAUCUUGAUAACGCCACUUAACGCACAUCAAACACAGACCGUGAAUAUGAAAAUAGUUCUGAAAAAUCGAACAGAUUUCCGAUGGGGUAAAUAAUAAAUUAAUUUUUGAACAUUUGUCUAUCACAUAUCUAAAUGAGUAUGUAUAUGUAUCUUUACACUUAUAUGUUAGUAAAAAUUAUACGAGUGGAAUAAAAUUUCCGUUCUUAAAAAUGUGAAUAGUAAAAAGCUGAUACAAAUAUUUAGGAAAGUAGGUAAAAAUGUACUAUCCAUAAAUAUGUUGUCUACUGAACACAGUAAUUUUAAAUUCGAAUUUGUUGAAAAAUAUAUUUUUUACCAAUUAUUUAACAAUAAUUUGUUUAUUUGAACCAAUAACAAAUAUAAAGUUUACAUCCUGUACAGUUUUAACUUGACGCUCGCUCAUUACAGUAAUUACUUCUAUUAUAUCUUUUGGGAAUUUUGAAUAUGAUGAUCUACGAAAACCGUAUAAACAUUGAUAAAUAUUAUUAAUGUCUGUACCGGUAAAUGUUUUUGUAACUUCUGAAUAAAAAUUAACACAUCUAUAAGUUCCUACUACAUAUUUUAUUUUACACGAUAUUUAAAUUCUGAAUAAAUAGUAUUAUUUAAAUUUGACUAGAUUUUUUAAUAAAACCAUAUUCACAUAAACGAAAACAUUUAAUAAACAAUUCUUCAAAAACAUACUUAAUCACUGUAUGGGCGCUUAUUUCAAAAUCAACUCUAAUUAAAUCAGGGUUAAAACAUCGGACGUAAUUUUAAGAUAAUCAUGGUUAUGAACAUUGAUAAUAAUUUUUUUUUUAAGUUAACAAUCUAUUAUCAUUAUUUCAAGUUCCUACAUUGAAAUUAAUAGGUACCUAGUAAAAAAAAAAAAAACAUUGGUGAAUAUUGAUACUAAUAAUUAAAAUUAAUCACUACUAAUAAUUACAAAUAAAAAUAAUAAUUAUAGUAAAUGUAAAUUAAUAGUUAUUUUAAAAUAACAGUUCUGGUCAGUCAGGUUUUUUAAGUUGUAAAAUUCAUUAUUAAAAAAAAUAACAGCUAUACAAUAUAAUGAUUUACCCUGAUAUCUAUGGUCAGUUAAUGAUAAUUAAAAAAUAAUUUCGUAAAUUAUCUAGAUUUACAAGAUUUAUACAUAUUUUAUGCCCAAAUUACUAUUCAAUGCAUUCUGUCUCUUUAUGUGUCACUUUUUUAUUUUAUUAUUAGAAUUGUGUUAAUCUUUAUUCUGUUUCGGAUCGCGUUUCUAAUAAGAUAGUUAACACUGGAUAUAAAUUGGUGGAUGAGAGUAGUAAAACUGGCUAUUGACAAGUGACUAGAGAAUUGUUUUAGUGAUACAACCACACAAAUAAAGAUAAUCGUUGAAAAAUGACAAAAGUAAAAAAAAUAUCACAAAUUCGUGCAGGUAUAACCACAAACUAAUGAUAUUCAGGAUUUAAAAUAAAAAUAUUUAGAAAAUAUUAAAAUAAGUACGUAUCUAUCUGUUUUUUUAAUUCUUUAUCAAUUUAAUUUGAAAUUACCAAAUAUUUGAACAAAUUGAAUUUCACCAUUAGUUGAACCAUUUAAAUUAGUUUAUUUUCCCUAUCAUCCAACUUCUUUAAAUAUACAUGUAUAUGUACAAUUGUUUACAUCUAAACAAAAUGUACUCUUUACUUCAAUGUAUUAUGUGGUGAAAUCAUUCAUUUUAGGGGAGAGCUAAGCCUCCCCCUCUCUUAUUUGCGCCUAUAAAUGUGGAACGUAUCACAGGGGAUAAUACCUAAAGUACUAUUUUUUUUCUUUAGUAACAGUGAGUAAUUGAUAAACCAUAUUUCAAUCUGCGCAGGUCAAUGUCGACAACGAUGACAACCGGUUAUCAAUUCAAUCACGAUAAGUAAACAAACGCCGGCGAACUCCGCGAUUUCGCCAGAUAAAGAUUUAGCACCGUCCACUUCUAUGAACCAAGUUAUCAACCAAGUUACUGAAGGUAUGAGGUAGGUUAAGAGUUUAUAGUUUUAGAUUAGAAUACUACUAGUUUGUAAUUGAAUAAAUACGAUUGAAAUUAUUAAUAAUUGUAUUUAUUAUGAUUAAAAAAUCGGAAAAUGUUGUAAUGUUUUAUACACUUAAGACUUUGACUUAGAGAAACAUUAUUUCAACUAAUAAUAAUAUUUUAAAUGACAAAAAAAUUUGUUCUAUCAAAUACUAGUGUACAAUGUAUUGACUAGGUAUUGACGUUUAUACCGUAUUGUUAGUUAAAGAGCCACUAGUUGUCUAGAAAAUCCAUUGGUUAUUACAUAAUCAUAAUUCUUUGUUCGUAUGUAUUUUUUUAUAGUAUCAUAAAUCAUAACAAUAAAAAAAUAUACACCUUGUUUUAUAAUAAGCGUGGUUGUAGGUAAAAAUGAUAUUAAAUAAUUGACGAAAAGUAAGAAGUGGUUUGAAUCACAUACAUGCCACUGUCGUUUCAUGGCCUACGGGAGUGCGUCAUAGGAGGUGAACUAACCUGGUGUCUGAACGCAAAAAAGAGGUAAUUUCCUCAACACCCCACAAAUACUUUCUGAAUAAGUCCGGUGACUCUGAAAACGUUUCUGAACGAACCCCUGAUGAAGUAUUCUCGUCACGUGGUGUUAUACCUAUAGUUUAAUUACAAUAGUAAUUAUUGUUAUUACCUAUGCAUUUGUGUGCGUCCGUACGACUUUCUCGUUGCCCAUAUUUGUGGUUAUUAGCGAACAAAUAAAAUUUUCUUAUUCUCGAUAUCUUUUACUGAUAGACAACCGCGUAUUAUAUUUUCCUGUAUUAAUUUUCAUUAUUUUAAAAAUGUUUGCUUCACCGUGUGUGUUUAGUGCUGUUAGUGGUAGUCGCAGAUACAUCGGAUGGAUUGUACCUAUGCGUGACCCCGUACAUUUCCACUCGUUCAUCCUGUAGAACCUCUGAAAAUAUACUAAAUACCAUAUUAUGAAUUUAUGAUUAUAACAGUGAUUACAUCAUAUACCCAAAAUAUUAGUUAUUGAUUUCAAUUAGAGCAAAAUAAAAAGCCGGUAAGUAGCUUCUGCUACGUAGUAGGGGUUUAGGGUACCUCCCAUUUGUGUAAAGUGGGGUGGGUGUAUUGAAUCUUAAAAAAAAAAGGAUUAUUAUUAUAGUUAUUGUAGUGGUCACUUUUUAUAUUACCUUUAAGUUUUUAUAAAUGUUUUCUGUUCUUUUAUUCAAUGGGCCUACAAUAUUUUCAUAAAUAUUUGUAAAUGAUUCUAGUUCAUAAUUCACUUUCUGAUGGUCAAUACCAAUCAAAUCAGAUAAAGUGUUUAAACAUGUUUCUGGUUAGAACUGAUUUUUAAAAUUGUUUGGAAUUAGAUAUAGGGAGGUCUGCUAUAAUAUGUAUAUUACUAGUUAGUUGAUCAACAACGGACAAAUGUAUCUAUAACAUGAUUUAUAACUAUGAUUUUAAAUUUUCAACAAUACAGAUUGAGUCUAAUUACACAGAAUUAUAACAAUAACAUAAUAUAACUUCUAAAAUAUAAACAACAAAUAAAUUAUAUUAUAAAUUAUAAAUUGUGUGCAAAUAAAAAAAAUUAUUGAAUAAUUAAUUUCAGUGUCUUAUAGUUGAGUUCAAUGUUUUAGUAUUUUCCAUAAUUUCGAUAUGUUUGAUUUUUCGAUACUAUCAGUUUAAUCAAUAUUUUUAGUACACCUACCAUUUUUAAAAAAGGUGAAAAAAUAUUACUUAAAUGGAUACCAUUGGUCUAAGACACCCAUAUAAUUAUAUUUAUUAAAAACUCUUUUAUGAUAAUACUUUUAUUUUUAAAUUAUGAAUAACAUUUUACUAGACACAUUUAAAAAUGUUUUAACAAUUAAGAAAAUGAAAAAAAAUUGUUUUGUAUGGUUUGAAAUCAAAAUUGUAUACUUUUUUUUAUAAAUGCAUUUUUAAAACAAAAACAUAAUUUUUUAUUUUCAUUUUAGAUUCUGAAUAUAGUAGAUUUUAUUGUUUUUAAAAAAAUGUUUAUUUUUUACACUGUGUACAAAAAUUCUUCUAUAAAUCUUGCUCCGAUAUUUACGUGUAGCACCAUUUCUUGGGAGCUCAUUUUUUUAUUUUACAAGCAGUUUUCAUAAUAUCUAGGUAAAACCAGGAAAAACUGGAAUUUACUAAAAUAAUGCUUUUAUUACUUUUUCAAUUUUGUUAUUUGUUGUAAUUCAGUUUAAAAUUAUUUUGAUUAUUAUUAUAUUUCAUCAUGGUUUGUAAAUUAAAUUUAAAUAUUAAAUAAAAAAUUAUUAAUAUGAUUGGCCCCUGAUAUUUUCAAAAACUACUAUAAUUGUGUGUACUUAAUACUAUUAUAAUUAUCUAUACUACUGGUUUCAGUCAUAAAGAUUAAAAAAGGAAUUAUAUAUUAAACAAAUUUAAUAUAUUUACAUAUAAUGCAUUAUAAUAAUUACAGUAAAUACAAAUAUCAAACAGUUAUAAGUAGGUAACUUCGUUCUCAACAAAAUUUAUCUGUAAUAAAAUUUAACUAUUUUAUAUGUUAUAAUAGGUUUCUCGUUUCCAUGGUUGAUCUAGAACUAAUAAUACAACAAAUUUGUUUACAAAUAGUUACUAAAUAUUUGAAUUAAGAGUUAUAGGUUAAAGUUUUUUUUUUAUUUCUUAUAAAACUUUAAUAGGCUUAAUGACUUUUUUUUAAUUGUAGGAUAGUGGCUGAGUUAUCGAGUG